GCCCCUCAUAGCUGCUCCCAAAUUGCUUUGCCAACAAGAAUAUACAUAGGUAAGCACAUCACCGCACAGACAGCGGGCAAGUCGGGUGGCGAAUGUGUCUUGUCAAGUCAGAGUAACAGCAACCAGAAAUCCUCCUACACCUUACAGCCCGAGUGUCCGCAGGAAAAAUGUGGCUAGCGGGCCUGGUGCUGGGUAUGGCCCUGCUACCCAUGUCGCAGUCCUACUUCUUUGAGGUGGGCUUGAGUCACCACUACACAUACUGGGCCGUUAACUCGCUCAUCGGACAACACAACGUCACCACAGUCUUGAAGUUUCAGGUAAAGUCAGUGAACGAAACAGAUGAUGGACACCGCCUUCAUUCUUUGAGCGUCGACAGUUUGGUUCAGUUUGUCAAGGAUGGCAUGAUGCUAGAAAAUCCUCUUGGAUGGGAUUUGACAAAGAAGUUUCUGUUCGCGGUGGACGCACAGGGCAGCGUGAGACUGGUUCACUGUCACCCUCAGGACCAUGACGAGUUGUUGGUCAUUAAGAAGGCUUUGGCCAGCAUCUUCUCAGUCACCGUGCAGCUAGAAGAAGACAAGGAUGAGUGGGUGUAUAGUGUUGAGGAAGAAGAUCACCUCGGGCGACUCACACACGACUACAAGGCUCAGAGAACACAAGCAGGUUUGAGACUGGAGAGAAAGCACUACAGUUCACAGGACGCCCAGCGGUUUCACGACAAGACUCUGCACUACGAUCAGCAGGGAACCCUGCAGUCAGCAGAGUCCCGAGACAGGGUUCUUCUGAAGGACAUGACAGGCGGCCAACGGAGCAGCGUUUUGUUACCUGGGGAGGUGCCUCACAAGAUUUCCGCGUCCGGAGAUUUUCCCGAUAUUGAAUCAACAGCUACUGUGACAGUCAAACUUGAUAGCAAAAGACCGGCGGCUCUGACUGAUGACCUUUUCGAGGGUCUGACGGUGCACUCUCUGCAAAGUCAGCGGAAAGAGAAAAAGCAUUCUUUUGAGGAAGUAGCCACGAACAUCAGCAGAAGUUUCCGGUGCCUUCAGCGGUACUCACAAAAAGAUGACGUCAACCGCUCGCUCUGCGUAAACGACUUGAGGAGGGCGCUGCGGUCACUGCACUCGAAAGACUACAAACAGCUCAUCGACUCCAUUGUCGGCAAGGACUGCCUGACUAACGACACUUCUUGUGAGGACAGGCGUCUUGUUGUCAUCGACGUCGUGGCAAACAUUGGUGACGUGACAUCACAGCAGCUGCUGAUGACGCAUGUCCUGUCGCGGGAGCCGCCGGUCAACGAGGAACUCCGGCGAGUGUUUAUACACUGUGCGGCGCUGACACGUCCGGAGGAGGCAUUUGUCACUGCCAUCGAAGGCUUCUGCUUUGGUAAAGACGGAGAAUAUCACGGAAAGACACACAUGGACCGCGCGCAGAGUCGCGCGUGCUUGGCGCUCGGCAGCCUCAUCCGCAACCUGGCAUCGUCAGGUCGCCUUGACCUGGCUGACCGCCUGGCCAGCCAGCUGGAGACAUGGCUGGACAAGCAUGCAGAAGCUGACUCUCACGUGAGCAAGCGGGACACGUGGCACACGGACCCAGAGCACGAGGAGCAUCAUGUCAGCAAGGCCGUGCUGCUGCACGCACUGGGCAAUGGUGCUUUGCUGCGCUCCCGCCGUCACCUCAUAGCGCAUGCGCGGCCCAAUCAUGGCCACCAGGUGUGGAGGAGAGCCGCCCUUGACGCCCUCAGGCACUACAAGUGCAAAGAGAGCGCAUCUGUCAUGAUGGACAGCGUGCUGCAUGAAGAGAAACACAGCGUCCGCCAGAUGGCGCUUAGUGUCUACGUCAAGCAUCCAUUACGUAACAAUGUUUCCAAAGAGGAAGAAAACAACUUACUCAGUCAGAACUACACCUACCCAGCAGUGGCGAGAGUGAAAAGAAACCUGCUGGAGAAAGUACUUUUUAAAUUCAAAUUAGAAGUCCCCAAAGUGGACUGGAGUAAGCAGCUUGGAACCAAAGAUGUAGGCGCAAGUUUUGGAGUCUACUUUGAGAAUGGAAUCGAUGUUUUAUUCAAGGUAUUGAGUGGUUAUGUUGACCUCACUGUGCAUGACAAACUGUGGGCCGAGGCCCACAUAGGUCUCAUCAACAAGAAGUGGGACCUGCUGCUGGUUGAAGUGUGCUAUCGCGGAAGACUGUCGUACAACAUGAACAUCAUCAAGGAUUUGACUGUGGGUCUCAUGGAAGACGUCUCCAGCGCCUUCGACCACAUCGCAAAUCGUAUCAUACAGCCCAUGGAAGACUUUGCCAACAAGCUGGCCACACAAUAUCAGAACCAGAGCUCUAAUCAAACCAAAAGCGGGUUCGACAGUCUCGCCCAGGCAGUCAAGCGUCUACCUCUGCGCACGGAAAGGGCACUUAACUCUACCGUAGCGCUGAGUGAUGUAGCUAACUCCCUGGUUGGUCUGCCCCUCAUCACCAGCAUCCAGCAGCUGGCAGCUAGGGCUCAGUCCCUGAUGGAGGACAUCCACAGCGAGGCAUCCGAUCUCUUCUCCAACAUUGCCGACUCGGCUGUCGUUGCUCUGCCGUUUGGUGAGAAAGAAAUCCGCUCUGCUAUCAACACCGUCCUCAGUCACCUGGGUCAAGUCAGCCAGGCUCCCCGACAGGUGUUUGGCAUCAUUGAGAGGGCUAAGAUGGGGUAUCAGCUGGCGAUGCAGAGAAUACUUGAGAGCACCAGUCGAAUCAAGCAGGCCACGUCAUUUCUCACAGGAAGCCGCAAUACGUUUAUGAACGCGGGUCACGAACUAAAGCAAGUGAGGCAGACGAUAACUGCUCUCGUCAACAAACUGAAGGCACAGCACGCGCGAAAGAAAAGAGCUGCAAAUAUGUUUGGUGACCUUGGGAAGAACUUAGCAUCGAGUGUUGACAUGGUGCUGAGCGACCUGUACGACAAGGCGGACGCCAUGACACAACAGCUGGAUGACGUCAGCACCAACAGCGCCCGCGAUCUGCAGGAGGGUCUGGACAAGCAGACACUGUACACCGAGCUCCUCAAAACCAGCUUCGAGUCUUUCAAAGAGGCAAUUGACAUGGUUAAAUCUCGAAUCAAUGCCUUGUUUGGACAAAAAUUCCACCCAGCUUUCCCUAAUCAAAGGAGAGAGUGUGAUGAUGGGUGUGGCUGUGGGUUUUAUCCAACUGACUGCGGGCGCUAUGGACACCCUGGCUUGGAUCUCAAAUGGGAUGCGGGCUGGAAGAUCCCCAGUCCAGUGGCAGGUAUGAUGUUCAUGGAAGGUACAAAUGCCGUCAGAAUCGAGCCCCAGACUCAAGGCUUCGAAGACUAUGAUAUCAUUCUCUCCAACAUCAUCGUCGACGUCUCUUUUGACAUCGGCGAUGAAGGAGUUUUUGUGGACGCCAAUCAGACCAUAGGAGUUGCAGCAGGUCUCAACAGGUGUGACGUCUCACACUUUCACCUGGCGAUGAGGCGACGAGCGCCGGACACUGCUCUGUGCUACUACGUGGACCCCUCGCCAUUUCUGGACACCAUGCAGCCAAUCCCCACCUGGCAGCAGGAGUGUAAGGACUUCACCUUCAAGCACAUCGGACAGGUGAUAGACUUCAGCAAACUGUCUGAGGGCUUUGCUGUCAUCAUGAAGGAGCUUAAGAGGUUCGCUCUCGAUGUCGGCAAGCAACUGCUGAUCAAAGUCAUCGACAAGCUGCCGGACACGGGCUUCAUCGGCACAAUGAAGAACAUCGCGGGGGACGUCGUCAGAGACCUCGACCUUGACCCUGCCAAUCUCAAAAAUCUCUUUACGAAAGGACGAAAUGCAGCUAAAACCUUUUUCAAAAACAUCUCGAUCAAAAAGUUCAAUGUCAGCAGCGUAAUGAGAAUGGCGGGUAAGGUUGUUAGCAACCCACGGCUGCAGGCCUCACUUUCCCGGGUGACAGGUUUGAUCAGCAGCGCACAGAACCUCAUCAAAGCGCCCGCUGUCGGCAGACUGACGUCACUGGCCACAGGAAGUCUGGGACGACUGUUGUCUUCUCGGCGAGUUACCACUGGGUCUGGCCUCUCGCUGGCGAACGUGUUUUCUUCGGUCACAUCAUUCGUUAGCGGAAGAGCUGCUAUGGUAACAGCACUGAAGGCGAGCUCGCCCCAGCUGUGCCCCUCCUUCGGCACUGCUCUGUCACGAGCUACAGGCUCCACGUGCAUAGCGCAUGAAGAUUGUCUGGGCAUAGACUGUGACGUCACAUUUCAUCAAGUGUACAUCAGCGGCAAGAUGGACAUCACCUUGAGGGUGUACCCUGAACAACACAAGGUGAUGCUUACGGCCAGUGGACAAAAUCACGAUCUCAGUGAUGAAGGGGUAAAGACAGUGGUGACUGGACUAACCGUACUCAAGGUGUUCAAUGUCAAGUUCAAGGUCGGCGUAGAGUGGCAAGGCCGUGAACUUCACUUCUCUCUGAGCAUCUCAGCAUGCGCCUUGGAACAUUGUCUACCGGAAGUACCGCUGAUGAAGAAUCUUCGCGUCGAACCAACAGGUCGCCGUAAACGUUCCACGAGAGAUCUCCUGGGACGGUUUCUUGGCAGAAUGGAUUCGCUUCCAAUGGAUGGCAUUACGAAAAUGUUUUCAGACUUCAGUCUUCCAAUGGCAGACAUUGUAGAACAGUUCAAUGGGAUUCAAGAAACUAUUUCAUCGGCGCUAGAACCAAAGAAUACGCCAAGCAAACCCACGCUGACAGCAGAGUUUCGAAACCCUCUGGACCACAAAGACAAAGGGACCUUCCCGCUGCCAGGGGAAAAUGGCGAAGUGAACUUGAUGUUCUUUGUCUUCUACUUCUCAUAUCCCAUGGGACCAUGUCUCUUUGAGAUUGGGUUCAGCGCAGGGGGAGCAAUUGGUAUGUCUUUAAACUUCGACAUCAAAGCCAUUGAUUCCUUCUUACAGACUGAGAUCAAACCUUGGAUAUCAGGUAAAAUAGAAGCUUCUCUAAGUUUGUCUAUCGUGGUGGCUAAAGCCGGUAUAAAGCUGACAGGGUACCUGCUGAAAACGGCGUAUCCCCUCACCCUGACAACGAACUACACCAAACAGCCUGUCAUUUCCACGAAAGCUCUUGAUGUGGAGCUGAUACCCUUGGAGCUGGUCUUGAGGGCCUGGGUAGAGGUGCUGUUUGGACUGUUUAGUUGGGACACAGUACUCUGGCACUGGAGUGCUGACCCUAUUCGCACCAACGUCUGGAAGAAAAUCGUCAACAAAAGCGAUCUUGGACCACCUCGAUUUCCUUACUGUGACAGAGUAUCCGAAAUGUGCUCCAGCAGACAGAGGAGAGACAUUGGACAAGCUAGUGCAGGGUGUCUGAUCAGACAAGUGGAGAACCGACACCCAAACGAUCCUGCCUUUAAACUCGAGUUUAGGGUGGAGGAUGAGGACAGUGACCUCAGACUGUGGUAUGCCAUUGGAGACUACGCUGGCGGAACAAACGUUCAGACGUGGACAGAGAUGCGAGGCGCCUCACUGCUGAUGCCCGCUACACUGCCCUGUGGCAUUCCUCUGUACUUUCUGGUCAAGGCCCAGAACUCUCAGGGACUGGAAACGACUGGAAGCUGUUCUCUCCCUUCUUAUGACUGCACCUUCCCUGAUGGAAGAAUAGACAUGGAUUACAGAUGUACAAGUCACCCUUCCAGACUAAGUGGCCGGGUGGUGAUGUACGAAGACACCACACUGACGACAGAUGGCCUGUUACACGCUGUGGGCUACAGUCCAAGCAGCUACGGUCACGAGGUCGCCGACUGGCUUCCUUUCAACGUCUCGCGUGCCACUUCUCAUCCAGAAGCACCCGGAGACCUCAGCUUUUUCGACGCUCCUAGAAUGGGAAGACUUACUAGCAGACCCGUAAUGUCUUUAAAAACCUCUACUGCUCAACAUUGUGCAUCUGAAUGUCUGAAACUUUCCACCUGUGUGUCGUUCACUUACAUCCAGCACCUCAGUCAGUGCGAGCUGCAAGAGAUGGUGGAAGGAGUCGAUGCUAAAAGAGUGUCGGACAGCCGUUGUCUGACAUACGAGAGACUGGGGAAGCUGUACACUGGCACCCUGAGGUACGACAACUUGCUGUUAAGUCACGGAACUAAAUACUUCAUCAACGUUCAGGUGCAGAACACACUGGGCUACCGCGCCACGCUGACGUCACCAGGCACUAUGGCGGACUUCACUCCCCCUGAGCCGAGCUUUCUUGGAGAGGUGAUUAGAGACAGUCUACACGCGGGAGGAUGCAAUGUUUCGGUGAUUCAGCGUUGUCAAGAUGCUGUCAGCGGGAGCCUUAAUCACAGGACUAUCAUUGAUGGGCAAGGAAGCAUGGCCGUCUUCAAUGGCAACAGGCGAGGUCAGGAAAUGCUAUUCACGAUGGAAAACUUCCAAGUUUCAGCGAACUGGGAGCAGUUCAAAGAUGAGGAGUGUGGGAUCCAUGGCUACACCUGGGCGGUGGGGACAACCAUGUGUGGUAGUGACGUCAUCAGUUUCAGGGACCCUCAUAUCAACAUCAGCAACCCCGACGACUGGGUGAACACUGGUCUGGCCAAGAAUGUUGCUCUGUUGGAGGGCCGAUAUUUCGUGACUGUGCAGGGUGUGAGUGAUAUUGUUCAUGGCGGUGACCUGGUCACAACAGUGUGUCACUCCACACCUUUCACCGUAGACACCUCCCCUCCACAUCUCAACAGCGUUGACCAAGUUCUCUUCGAUGAAGAUUUCCGUUUCCUGGUGGUGUACUUCAGUGCCUCUGACAGCAUUUCCGGCAUCAAGAGUAUGGAGCUUGGGCUUGGCAGAACAAAAUACGACGUGGAACUCCGUAGAUACAUGCCUUUGGAGAUUCGAGGAACAUCUGGUAACACAUACCUGGUGGAGGAAGAGUUUGAAACCGCAUCGGGCUCACCUGCUUGGAUCCGACUGAAGCUAACAAAUAACGUUGGACUGUCAGUUACCGGGUAUGCGGACACACCCAUUCUGAUAGACAGCACCCCUCCUGUAGCUGGCCACGUCCACGAUGGCCUGGUUCUUGGAAAAGACAUCGACUUUCAGGUGAACAGCUCGCAGGUGUGCGCUCACUGGGAGAACUUUGCUGACCCAGAGUCCAGUAUUGACAGCUUCUUAUGGGGAGUUGGCCUGGGCCCUGGCAAGGACGAUGUAGUGCGGUUUCAAACCCUCUCCAGCAACACCAAAUGGUAUUGCUACCCAACAUCUCUACUACACAAUACCACCUACUUCUGCACCAUUGUCGCCUAUAACAAGGCCCUGAAUCAGAAGUCUGUCAAUGCUUCAUCCUCUGGAGUACUUGUGGACAUCACGCUGCCUGUUAGUGGUGUAGUCAUGGAUGGCCCGGAUAUACGGGGUGACAUCGCCUUCACUUCCAAUACAGCUGUUGUCGCCAGUUCUUGGACGAACUUCUCGGAUCCAGAAAGUGGAAUUGCUUUCUACACUCUAGCUGUGUUUGUCAACAAUAUCCUCCUCAAAACUUUUUCACCUGUCCUGGGCGAGACUUUCAGGGAUUCAUCGUUCUCUCUGAAGCACGGUGAUUUUGUCUACAUUAAGGUGGAGGCCACCAACAGAGCUGGAGGUAAGGUGUCCGCUUCUUCUGACGGAAUGCUAGUGGACCACUCGGCUCCUCAACUGCAGAAGCUCUGGCCGUCGAUAGUGGAUCGUUUCCAGACUCGCGAUGACCUUCUGUACUUCAGCUGGGACUUCACAGAUCCUGAAUCAGGUAUUGCUGAAUACCGAUGUGCGGUGUAUGAAGUGUACCAAGGCCGGAAGACCAAAUUGUGGCCAGUGACCUCUGACCUUUAUGUCGUACACCUCAAUGCUUCAUCCCCCACGGAGCAGGAGCUGAAACUGGAACAGAUGAAACUACAGAAUGGUGCAAAGUACAGUCUCAAGGUCACUGCCAUGAACAGAGCGGAAAUGGCGGCCUCUGAGGAGACUGGAGGAAUCCUAGUGGAUGUGACUGCUCCUGACAUUCUACAGGUUAGGUUAGCACGCAUCGAUGAAGAAGAAGAAGUUAACGGAAACGGUGAAGUGGAACACGUGGACGGAGAACCAUUGGUAGUCACGUGGUCUGCCCACGAUGCCGAAAGUGGCAUCAAUAAGAUGAGUGUGUGUGUUUGGGAGGCUGGAACACAUGACUGCUUUAGCUCAGCCCUAGAAACCAACAAGAAGACAUUUGACAGUUCUGUGGUAGCAAGCACCACAUUCACAGGGCUAAGUCUCAACCAGAGUUCAGACGACUUGAAAGUGUUGUACAAAGUCUACGUCAUCGUUGUCAACAAUGCAGGUGUCGCUUCGUCAGUUCAGACGUCCAGAUCUUUUCUCGUGGUCAGAGCCAAUGUCCCCGGAGUGGUGCAUACUGGGAGGACGAUGUUUGAAGGCCACCUUUUUUCCUAUGACAAGGCCGCCAUUGCAAUAACUUUUUCUGGCUUCAGCAGCGACGCGUGCAGCAUUGUGGGCUAUGAGUGGGCUGUGGGCACUAAGCCAUUCUACACAGACGUCCUGCCUUACACUGACUUCGGUCUGGUGGUGGACGACUCGGGACUCGGCUAUGCUCAAACAGACAUGAUGCAGUUUGAAAGCCAAACCUACUUCGCUACAGUGCGAGCCAGGACAGGUCAGGGGUGUCAUGAGAGUUACAUUGUGUCUUCUUCUGAGGGUUUCACGCUAGACACAACUCCUCCCACAGUCACGUUCCGUAAGGGCGAAGGGCAAAUGUCGUCACAGGUGGUGUAUCAGACGGUUGAUGACAAACUCGCAGUCCUGUGGGAAUCAAAGGAUCCCAGUGGCAUCAACAGCACACGGUUGAUUCUAAACUCUAACAGUGGCCUUAACUCUAACCCUCACACUCUGCAGGUUCCUUCAAUCACUGACACGUUUGUGGACAUUCAGCACAAACUCUCGCUAGGAGAAUCUCUCUACAUUACGAUGUUGACUUCAGACAAUGCUGGCAAUGAAAUGAUGACACACCUGCCCCUUGUGACAUUUGACAGCACCCCUCCGUCACUGACAGAGCUGACAUGCACUGACGUCAUUUCCGCAUUGUCUCCCCUACUCACUUGCAGAUGGCUGUCGAUUGAGGAGACUGAGAGUGCCUUGCAGAUGGUACACUUCGGUCUGGGCCGCGGCAGGUCAUCCCCGGACCUGCUUAACAUGACUUCCAUUUCUGUCAACAGUCAGCAAUGGUCAGUCUAUGCGGACUUUGUGAUGUCGUCCACACUGAAUGAAAUGUACGUGUUAGUGAUGAUGAUCAAUGGAGCAGGCCUGCAGGCAGAAGUGACAUUGAAAGUAACCGUUGACCAUACCCCGCCUACUAUUGGUUCUGUAAUUUUUGUGUCGUCACCUCAACCGGGCUAUCAUGAGAAUGAACAGAAGUGCCAGACAUCACAAGAUUAUAUGGAAAUUUGUAUCAAGACAAUCAUUGAUGAUGAGGCCAAAAUAGACAGCGUUGAGAUUGCACUUGGGUCUUCAAGAGGAAGUUCGGAUAUCAGAGACUUCCACCAGUACCCUGUCAUAGAUGGACUUUAUGUCCUGAACAGCCUGGGCCUCGCCAAGGGAUCGACAGUGUACGCUAGUGUUCGUGUGACUAACGCUGCCGGCCUCUACACCAUCGCUCAUUCCAACGGCAUCGUCAUCAGCCCAGAGCCUCGUCUAAGGGUGUGGGACGGUCCGAGUGAUGAGGACGUGGACGGACAGGCUGACUGCUACGUCAUUCAAGGGGGCUGGAGCUACUCGGACCCUUGUCCUAUCGUCACUGCAGAGUGGUCUGUCCAGGACCUUAGCGAGAGAAUGGUGGUCAACUUCACGACCCUUCCAGAAGGAUCUCGUCGAUUCUAUAAUGAUUUACUUACUCUAAACACCUUUGUGACCUAUGUGAACCUGGUAAGGGUCAAGGGAUGCGCUCAACAGAUCAAGUGUUGCGUAUUCUGAUGGAGUGACUGUCAUAACACAGCGACCAGAC